UGGCGCUCAUCUAGUAAACAAGUAAAAUAAAUCCCUGUGUAAAUUUUAUCUAAUUAAAAAUAGUUUAAGUGCAUUACGAGUAGUUAAUAAAGUUAAAUUAGUAAAAGUGAGUUCCAAAUUACAUGUGUAAGUGUUAUCCAAAAGAACCGUACUAUAAUAGUGACAAAAAACUAUAAUAAACAAUUGGCGGUAAAGUGUUAAAACAUUUUCUAAGAUAACAGUUAAUUCAAUAUCUUUUAACUCUGGAAGUGAUUUGAAACUUUGGAAAUACCAAGAACCACAGUUUUGAGUGAUUGAAAUAACAUUUUAACCCAUAAAACGUUUAAAAAGUGCAUUUGUGAAAACUUCAUAUAUCGUUGGAAACUCAAAUUAUCACAAGUCAUUCUCAAAUAUUGCAUUAGUAUAGUAACAGCACCGCCAUCUAUGUUCUCAGUAAGAAAAACUGUUUCUACGACACCUAUUGACGAGUCACUGAACUAACUAGUUGAUCGAUAUUUCAACAUUAAAUAUAGUACUGCUAUUAGGCACUAGAGGGCAUUAAAUAAAAUUACCAUCCAAGAAGAAAAACAGUGUUAUUCAUUCAAGUUUGAUAAAUUAGUGAAAUGAAUUUCUUAGAAAACAUCACGUUCCGCCGACCCAGAACAAAAUCGGAUUCCAUGCUCACAGAUGAAAACGAACUUCACACAACAAAUGUAGUAAAUGAGACUGCCACUAGCCUACCCGAAUUGUCUGAUGACGACGAUGACGAAAUAAAAAAACUGAAAGAACAAGUGUUCAACCUCACGUUAGAACUACAAAGUGCCCAUUCAGAAAUAGAAUCCCUAUCAAUUGAGAAUAGUAAGCUAAAAAAACUUAACGAAAACUUAACGAAGAAAAAUGACAUCUUUAAAAAAAUAACUAGUAGUCCAGCUAAGUUGAACGUAUCAAGUAAAAAGAUAAAUAUAACUAAUAACGAUGGGUGUGAUAAACAAACUCAAACUGAACCAAGCUCUAAAGUCACAUCAUCAAAACAAGCAAAAAAGGAAUUACCGAUACCGAAACCACAUAAAAGCGCGGGUACGCCGAAUAAAGUUUGCGAUACACAAGAUGAUAAUACGAAGAAACAGAAGAACCCUAAUAAACUACAGCCUACCUCCACUGUCAAACAAUCUAACCAACAGGACACGAGUAGUGAUAUGAAGUUAUGCAUUUUGAGUACGAAUAAUAAAAACAAAAUACUCACAAUCGCAGAAAAAACGUUCCCCAAUUACAAAGUUUGCCACUACCUGUCACCUGGUUGUGGUAUAAUGAAACUUAUCGACAACAUUGAUCUCAAGUUGAAAAACUAUACAAUGGAUGAUUACUGCCUAAUUUUCAUCGGUGAAGCAGAUUUCCGGCAAACGAACAAUUACAUCGAUUUAACCAUCGCUAUACGUCAAACUCUUUCAAAAAUUAAUCAUACAAAUGUUAUAAUAUGUGCGCCUACUUUUAGACUUAAUGGCUAUUCAACUAUGUAUAACGGAAGGAUAGAAUCAUUUAAUAGUCUUUUAUAUCUUGAUGCAUGUACUCACCAUUAUGCAUAUUUGUUUGAUUCGAAUUAUUAUCUAUCUUAUGAUUAUAAAAUGUUUUGGAAGAAAUAUGGAAUUGUAAAUAACUACGGCAUGUCUAACAUAUUUAUGAAUUUGGGCUUGAUGAUUAAGGAAUUUGAUAUGUGUGAUGUAAUUAAUGUGCCUGAUAGAGAAAAUUUUGAAUCCUCCCAUUGUGACACCAACCACAAUGAAUGUCAAUCGUUUUUUCUCUAAUAAAUACCUCAAAAUAUUACAUCAAAAUAUUGCAGGAUUAGUAAAUAAAUCUAAUAUGCUCACUUUAUGUUUAGAUGAACUGUCAGAAAAAAAGAUAAAUGUGGAUGUUCUGUGCAUAACGGAACACUUCAUAAUGAAAGGAUAUCAGCAUGAAUUAUAUGUGCCUAAUUAUGGUUUAGCAGCUUACUAUUGUAGAGAGGGGAAAAAAAGGGGAGGGGCCUGCAUCCUUGUAAGACACGGAAUACAAUGGAAAGAACUACCUAAUAUAUCAAAUUUAUCUACAUCAGGCUUAUUUGAGUGUUGCGCAAUUGAACUGACUGAUUAUAAGAUAAUUGUUGUUUGUAUAUAUAGAGUACCUAAUGUAAAUAAUCUUAACUACUGUCUGGAUAGACUUGAACACCUUCUACAGGUAAUAUCGCGUGCGCGUUACACUAACAUUGUGAUAGCUGGUGACUUUAACAUUGACGUACUAAAACAAAACAGUUACACAAAUGCUUUUGAAUAUCUUUUAAUGAGUUAUAACUUAAAACUUGCAAUAAAAAAACCUACCCGCUUAGCUAGUAUGACUUGUAUCGACAACAUUGCGCACAACUUUAGUAAGUCAUGUAAGACAGACGUAAUAGAGCUAGCGUUAUCCGAUCACACUGCACAACUGAUUCAUUGUCCAGUACAAACGACGUUUGCUAUAAACUAUUGGUACGUAAAUAAAAGAGACUACAGUACUGAAAAUACAGCCAAAUUUAAAAAUUAUAUAAAGAGCCUUACAUUCUCAGAGAUUUACGAUACGGAUGACCCCAAUAUAGCGUACAAUGCAUUUAUUGAUUUAUUUAAAUUAAUAUAUGACUUAUGUUUUCCAAUCAAGCUAACUAAAAUAAAUGUUGUAAAAAAACCUAAAUGGCUGUCCAAAGGUAUUAAAUUGGGUAGUCGUAAGAAAAGAAAACUUUUGUGGCAGUUUAGAUUAAACCCAAACAAAACUAAUAAAAAAUGUUUUACAAAUUACUCACAACUGCAUAAAAAAAUUAUAAAUUUAACACAAAAAGCGCAAAACAACCAUAAAAUAAAAUCAUCUAAUAAUAAAUCUAAAACAACUUGGCAAUUGAUCAACCGUGCAAAAUAUAAUCUACCUAAAUAUAAUAUCAAUAAAAUAAAACUAAAAAGCCAUACUCUGACAGAUCCCAAUGACAUAGCUGAAGAGUUCAAUAACUAUUUUAUUGAUAAAGUGCAGGGGAAGCUUCAGGUUAAUAGCAAACCAAAACAUUGUAAAAUUAACACAAAUAGCAAAUCAAUGUUCAUGGCUCCCAGUGUACCACUAGACAUCCACAAAAUAAUAAUGUCAUUGAAAAAUACGAAUAGUGUAGGGUACGAUUGUAUAGCUACCAAGAUACUUAAAAGUGUAUCAAUGGAAAUAUGCAAUCACCUAAGUUAUAUACUUAAUCUAUCUAUCAGUGCGGGUAUCUACCCAGACGCCCUAAAAAUAUCAAUUGUAAAGCCACUCUUCAAAAAAGAAAAUAGGGAACAAAUGGAAUAUUACCGACCUAUUUCAUUAAUACCUGUACUAUCUAAAGUAUUCGAGAAAUAUAUAUAUAAGGAACUCUAUAAAUUCAUCGAAAAGUUUAAUAUAUUGUGCGAAGAACAAAAGGGCUUCCGAAUACAUAAAACAAUUAAUAUGGCCAUAUACGACUUCCUAUAUAAUGUCCUUAGUAAUGUUGACAAGCGAAAUCCUGUGUGCAGCAUAUUUUGCGAUAUGACCCAGGCGUUCGAUUAUGUACAUUAUCCCACCUUAAUAUCGAAACUGGAAGCCUAUGGCAUUAGAGGCAAUGUACUUAGUCUACUCGAAUCUUACCUAAAAAAUAGAAUACAAAAAACUGAGAUAACUAAAAUUAACA